AUGUCGAUACUUACACUCGUAUUAACAUCAAUUCAUUUACCAACAUUGGUCACAAUAUUAACAAUAACUUAUGUAUUUCGAUAUUAUUUCAAAUAUUUCACCCGUCCCAAUCCAUUACCGGGACCUUUUCCGAUACCACUAUUCGGUAAUGUACAUCAAAUGGGAUUAGAUCCUCAAUUUUUUGCGAAUAAGUUGCGAGAAAAAUAUGGAGACGUGUGUGAAACCUUUGUCGGUUCAACUCGAUUAAUCUGGUUAAGCAGGGCUGAUUUGGCCGAAAAAAUUUUUAGUCCAUCAAAGAAGAGUAAUUAUUUUUUACGUGGUAAUAAAAAGAAUAAUUUUGAUGAUUUAGGUGUGAAUGAUCAUGGAAUCGUAUUUAACAGGGAUUAUGCAUCUUGGCGGUUUAAUAGAAAGUUCCUCUCUCAAUUUACAAUGUCAACAAAUUUUCUUAAAUCCUUCGUUACAGAAAUUCAAAUAAUUUUCAAAGAAUUACAAAGUUAUUGGAGUGAAAUGAGUAUGAAUGAAAAUGAACCCGUUGAAAUUGAUUUCUCGGAUUGGGCGUUAAGAAUAUCAACUGAUAUCGUUAUCAAGACAACUUCUACUCAACGAGCUUAUUCGAUGGCAAUCUAUUUUAAUAAGAUUUCUCCUCAUAAGAAGGCAAACGUACCUGAUUCAGCUUUAACGGAAUCCGAAAAUUUCAUUCAUUCUAUUACCAAUUACAUCUGGUUGAUUCAAAUGUGUUUUAUCCUUCCACCCUUGGUAAGGCAUUACGUUCCUGGUAUUAGGCAGUACAUGAAUAAUUUAUUCAAAACACAACGAUGGUUUCAUGAUAGAAUCGAUGAUUUUAUACGCAAGCGAAGAGAUGAAAUCGUUGAAACGCCCAUGGAUCAACCUCUAAAGACUGAUAUUUUAACUUUGUUGUUAACGUAUGGGACGACACGUGACAUCACCUCGAAGAAUGAUGAAUCGUCUCGCCCGUUAACCGAGGAAGAAAUUAGAUACACCAUGAUGGAAGUUUUCACGGGAGCGAUUGACACCACAGCAAAUUCUUUAAGUUUUAUUAUUUAUUAUUUAUGUAAAUAUCCUAAAGUUAGACAAAAAAUGAUUGAAGAAAUUGAAGGUUAUACUGGCAAGGAUCAAAAUGCUCAAAUCAAUUUUAAUAGCUUAGAAAAAUUACACUAUUGUGAAGCUGUUUUUAAAGAAGUCGCAAGAAUUAAUCCCGUGGUUGGAAUCAUGUCUAAGGUUGCAAGUGAAGAAGAUGAAAUAGCUGGUUAUAGAUGGCCCGCCGGUCAAGAAUUUUUCCUCAACUUGGAAGGAAUGCAUAAGAAUAAGGUACAUUGGGAUAUACCUGAGGAAUUCAAUCCGAAUCGAUUUUUAAAUGAGAGGAAUGAAAUUAUACAAAGGUUACCAAUUUAUCAAUUUGGAGGAGGUCCACGAGCUUGUCCUGGUAGGCAUAUGGCCCUAGCUGGUUUGAAAACUUUGGUUAUUUUAUUGUUGAAAAGGUAUGAUUUUGAAUUGGUGGAUAAAGAUGCUCCUUUAAAAAUUGUUGCUAGCGUUUCCAACGAAUGUAAAGAUCUAAAAAUUAAAAUUUCUCCGAGAACGGUGGCUCUUUAA